GUUUACAUUCCAAAAUUUUAUUUAGAGAGAGAGAAAUCCCCACAUUGGAUCUUAGAGAGAGAGAGAGAGCUUUCCCAUAUUUGGGGUUUGGGAGAUGGGGUUAAAGACAUUCACUUUGAUUAUAGUUUCAUUUUUGGGGUUGGUUAGUGCAAGAUCAAGAUCAAGAGGUAAAGUGCCAUGCAUGUUCAUCUUUGGGGACUCCCUUGUGGACAAUGGGAACAACAAUGACAUAUUGACUCUGGCGAGGGCAAACUAUCUGCCAUAUGGUGUCGAUUUUCCGGGUGGCGUCACCGGCCGUUUCUGCAAUGGCCGGACCACCGUGGACUUCCUAGCUGCUUUUCUAGGGUUUUCAGAGUACAUUCCACCUUAUGCAACUACCAGUGGGACUGCAUUGCUGAGAGGGGUCAAUUUUGCUUCUGGAGCAGCUGGUAUAAGGGAUGAGACCGGAAGAAAUCUGGGAGAGCAUUUAUCCAUGAACCAACAAGUUGCAAACUUUGCAAGGAGUGUGGAGGAAAUGAGGGCAUUGUUGAGUAGAAGCAAUAUUUCUGUCACUGCUUAUUUAAGAAAAUGCAUUUUCUCAGUGGGGAUGGGAAGCAAUGAUUACUUAAAUAAUUAUUUCAUGCCUGACUAUUACAACACUGGCUCUCAAUAUACUCCAAGGGAGUACGCUAGUUCCCUCAUUCAGGACUAUGGGCGACAAUUAAUGGAAUUAUACGAAUUGGGUGCAAGAAAAGUAGCAGUAAUUGGCGUUGGACAAAUAGGAUGCAUCCCUUAUGAGUUGGCCCGGUCAACUAAUGAUGAUGCUAAUGGAGCCAGGUGUGUGAGUAGGAUCAACAAUGCCAUCAUCUUGUUUAACUCGGGCUUGUUGAGCCUGGUUAAAAGUUUCAACUCGAGGUUACCUGGUGCAAAGUUUACCUACAUCAAUUCCUAUUCAUCCUUCCAACACCUCAUAGCCAAUGCCUCCUCCUAUGGUUUCACAGUGGUUGAUAAGGGUUGUUGUGGGGUGGGGAGGAACAAUGGCCAAGUCACUUGUCUUCCUUUUCAACAGCCAUGCUCUAACAGAACAGAGUACAUUUUUUGGGAUGCCUUUCAUCCAACUGAGGCAGCAAACAUCAUUCUUGCCCAGAAGGCCUAUGCUUCCAAGUAUUGCUCAGAUGCCUACCCCAUAAACAUUAGGCAGCUAGCAAAGCAAUAAGGAGUUUCUUUCUUUGAAUAAUUGAGUAAA